AUAGCCCCGCCUCCUCAGUUCCGGCAUUUUGGCUCCGGAAGUGCCGUACUUUUUUUGGUUCACAGGAAAAGGAAAAAAAAACUGCUGUUGGGAAACAAAACAGCAAAAAUGCCUGCCCCUAAAAGACACAAGUCUUUUCAGGCUCCUCAAGUGAAGAGAAGAAAGGAGGAUCAGAAUGAAGUCGCCAUGCCAUCCAACAAAACGACACCAGCCUCUGCAACGUCAAGCAACCCCCAAAGAGAAGCACCUUUGCGGAGAAGGAAUAAGAAAAAGCCCCCCGCAGAACUAAAAGAGGGAAAUAAACCUGCAGGGUCCAGCCGCCAUUCCUCCAAGACAAAAUCAACUCAAAAGGCCAGGACUAGGACCAAGUUCAAUCCACCUGUAAAGAACGCCAAGCUGCUGAAAGCCACAAGUGCCUCCUCAAAGAAUCCCAACUCUAAAGGAACCCUAAAAAGACCAGCCAAGAUCUUCAAAACUGCUUCCACAGAGUCCGAUGAGGAGCUUAUCAGAACUCAUAAACCACAUUGCAUCAGAAAAUACUCUAAUGGGGAUCGAGGUAAGCGUAAAGGGUCACAGUCUAACCUGAAUGAAGGAUUAUUGCUCUCAGACCCUGUGCAGAGGGAUCACAAUUAUGGUAUACCCUCUGCGUCUUAUGGUAGUCAUUCUGAAAUUGAGGAAAAUAAAAGGAAAAGAGUCAGAGAGUCCACCAGAGGCCCAGAGACCCAGAGAGAUGUGAAGAUGGAAACUCAAAUGUCUUCAGAACCCUUACCUGAACAAUCUGGACAGAUGAAGCGGAGCAGUGAGACGCAUGAGGUGCAGGAUAAUUCCAUGACCACCCCAACAGAUGAAUUUAGUGAGUGUGUCAACACUGAGCCUGGCAUAAAAAUGUCUCCUCCAGCAUCCCCUGAGAAAGCUUCAGACCCCAUCCAUAAGCAGGUGAACCAGAAUAAUUCCAUGACCACCCCAACAGAUGAAUUUAGUGAGAGUGUCAACACUGAGCCUGGCAUAAAAAUGUCUCCUCCAGCAUCCCCUGAGAAAGCUUCAGACCCCAUCCAUAAGCAGGUGAACCAGAAUAAUUCCAUGACCACCCCAACAGAUGAAUUUAGUGAGAGUGUCAACACCGAGCCUGGCAUAAAAAUGUCUCCUCCAGCGUCCCCUGAGAAAGCUUCAGACCCCAUCCAUAAGCAGGUGAACCAGAAUAAUUCCAUGACCACCCCAACAGAUGAAUUUAGUGAGAGUGUCAACACCGAGCCUGGCAUAAAAAUGUCUCCUCCAGCGUCCCCUGAGAAAGCUUCAGACCCCAUCCAUAAGCAGGUGAACCAGAAUAAUUCCAUGACCACCCCAACAGAUGAAUUUAGUGAGUGUGUCAACACCGAGCCUGACACACACAUGUAUCCUCCAGCUUCCCCUGAGAAAGCUUCAGACCCCAUCCAUAAGCAGGUGAACCAGAGUAGAGAGAAACAUGAGGAGCAGAAUGAUUCCGUGACCAUCCCUACAUAUCAAGUUAGUGAGAGUGUAGCGAGCAAGAUGGAUGCCUAUAAAAAGUCUGCAGAACCCAUACCUGAACUACUAAAACAGAGCACGGAGACACGGGAAAUGCAGGAAAAUUCCAUGACCACCCAUACAGAUAAAGUUAAUGAACAUUUAGAGACUAAGGUCGGUGCAAAAAUAUUGUCUCCUCCAGCCAUCGGCUUAGUAGCAUAUAGUAGCAGUAGUGAUUCUGAAUGUGAAAGUGAGGGAAAUGACAGGACGGGAAUCACAGAGUCAAUAGAUGUGAAGCUGAAAACUCAAGCAUCUUCAGAGAAGGCUUCAGACCCUGUCCAUGAACAGGUGAAGGAGAGCAGUGACACGAGGCAGAUGCAGGGAGGAUCCCAUGACCACCCCUACAUAUGAAGUUACCGAGGAUUCCAUGACCACCCCUACAUAUGAAGUUACCGAGGAUUCCAUGACCACCCCUACAUAUGAAGUUACCGAGGAUUCCAUGACCACCCCUAUAUAUGAAGUUACCGAGGAUUCCAUGACCACCCCUACAUAUGAAGUUACCGAGGAUUCUAUGACCUCCCCUACUGAGAGUGUAGACACCAAGCUUGAUGCAAAUCUAAAGCCUCCUCCAUCUAUAGAAGUAUAUUCAGAGGAGGCUUCAGACCCUGUCCCUGAACAGGUGAAUCCUGAACAGGUGAAUCAGAUAUACAUUGAAAUAGAGAAGGUGCAGGAAGAUUCCAUGACCACCCCAACAGAUGAAGUACGUGAACUUUUAGAUUGCACGCGUGAUGCAGAAAUAAUGUCCCUGCCACCUUUAGAAGCAUCCUCUGAGGAGACCCAUACAUUUGAAGUUAGUGAGAGUGUAGAGACCAAGUGUUCAGAACUUGCACCUGAACAUGUGACGCAGAGCAGUGAGAUGCAGGGAGAUUCCGCGCCAACCCAUGCAGAUCAAGUAAGUGAGAGUGUAGACACCAAGCUUGAUAUCGAAGUAAAUUCUGCUCCAUCUGUAGAACUAUCCUCUGAGGAGACUUCAGACAUUGUCUCUGUCUCAGAGCAGGUGCUGCAGAGCAGUGAGACACAGGAAGUCCAGGAAGAUUCCAUGACCACCCGUACAGAUGAACUUAGGGAAAGUUUAGGAACAAAGUCGGGUGCUAAAAUAAAGUCUCCACCCUUAGAGGUGCUUUUCAGUGCUCUAAAGGAUUCCAGUCUUUGCAAACAUCCCCUGUCUCAUACGAUGCGCUCAAAUGUCAAAGAGUUUCUGGGAGUAGAGGAUUCUUUAGAAAUCACUAAAAAAGACUGUGACUUUGGUGUAACGGAGAGCAUUGAGUGUACUUUAGACCUGGAGACUCCGAUUAUUGUCGAGGAUAUGGAGAUCGGCCACUGUGUUGUGGAGGUGGUGGGAGAGAAUGGAGAUGAGGUGGAUAGUGAUCUGGAAAUCAUAGACAACUCUGAGAGGCCAGAGAAGACACUUGAGCUAACCAAAGGGUCUAAAGAAGAGUGCAGUGUGGAUAAAAGUGAAGAUGGUAUUGAAAAGAAAGGCACAAGUUCCUCUAACCAAGACAGCACAAAUAGUGGGAAGAAGGAAGCUACUAAAAAAACACAGGGUAGCCUGGAAAAACCCAAGAAACAGCAGAUGAACCCUCAGGCCCGGACCAAAGCCCGACUAGCAGCGCUAGCUGAGCAAAAGGCAGCUGCCUCCAAAAAAGCGAGCAGGCAGCUCAACCUCCUAGCCCUAUGUGAAGAAAUAGCAGAUGAUAUCGCCACUGACACAAUGUUAAUAAAGACGAAGGAGGAGGAGGAGCAGGUUGUAACAAUUAAGGCUGAACCCAGCAAGGAGCCAGAAUGCACACUGCCUGUCACACAGGCUGAGACUGUUCCGAUACCUCCUACUCCUGCCCGGCCCGAGGAACCGUCUCCAGCAGUAGAACCCUCCGCUGAGGAGCCUGCUCCAGCCAAGCCCCCAGCUCCAGAGCCACCUCGGAGGCGUUUCUUCAUCAGCCAAGUGACGGUACCCCUCAAAAUCCACGAGAAGAAGAAGCUUACCAGGUUCCAGAGGCUGCGGCAGGUGGAACUGCAGCGGGAGAAGAAUAUGUCCUGGACCAUGGUGAAGAAGCUCAAGUCCGAUCAGAAGAUGAUUCCAGAGACUGAGACUAAACCUUCCCCUCGAGCAGCAGCACCUGUCCAAGUGACCACCCCCCCGCCCCCCUCAGUCAGUCCAGCAGCACCCACAGUAGCUGCACUCUCCCCAACCAGUCAAGAAGUGACCCCAAAAGUUGAGCCCCCAAAAGUUGAGCCCCCAAAAGUUGAGCCCCCCAAAGUGACCCCCAGUAAGGGACCCACCCUGAGAAAGAGGACGCUUCCAGCAGAACCCCCGCCGAUGCCCAACGGGCUGAAAGCUCAGAAGGCCAAGCCUGUGGUGGAGUAUAAGCCUUACAAAUCCAGGCCCAAGUACUCCUUUGAUGACUUUGAAUGUGAUGACGAGCCAAAACCCACAGUGCAGAAGGCAGCAGUGAGACCUACAGCUACUACUAUUCAGAGGGCAGCAGUUAAACCUACAGCCGUUCAGAGGGCAGCAGUGAGACCGACACCUAGUACCAUUCAGAGGGCAGCAGGGAGAACUACACCUACCACCAUUCAGAGGGCAGCAGUGACACCUACCACCAUUCAGAGGACAGCAGUGACACCUACCACCAUUCAGAGGACAGCAGUGACACCUACCACCAUUCAGAGGGCAGCAGUGACACCUACCACCAUUCAGAGGGCAGCAGUGACACCUACCACCAUUCAGAGGGCAGCAGUGACACCUACCACCAUUCAGAGGGCAGCAGUGACACCUACCACCAUUCAGAGGGCAGCAGUGACACCUACCACCAUUCAGAGGGCAGCAGUGACACCUACCACCAUUCAGAGGGCAGCAGUGACACCUACCACCAUUCAGAGGGCAGCAGUGACACCUACCACCAUUCAGAGGGCAGCAGUGACACCUACCACCAUUCAGAGGGCAGCAGUGACACCUACCACCAUUCAGAGGGCAGCAGUGACACCUACCACCAUUCAGAGGGCAGCAGUGACACCUACCACCAUUCAGAGGGCAGCAGUGACACCUACCACCAUUCAGAGGGCAGCAGUGACACCUACCACCAUUCAGAGGGCAGCAGUGACACCUACCACCAUUCAGAGGGCAGCAGUGACACCUACCACCAUUCAGAGGGCAGCAGGGAGACCUACCACCAUUCAGAGGGCAGCAGGGAGACCUACCACCAUUCAGAGGGAAGCAGGGAGACCUACCACCAUUCAGAGGGAAGCAGGGAGACCUACCACCAUUCAGAGGGAAGCAGGGAGACCUACACCAGUGUCCGAAAAUGGCAAACAUGAAGACUCAAAAUCUACCGUGCAGAAGCCAGAAAACAGGGGUCAGAAAACAGUAGGACCUACCACGCCGAAAACAGGACAUAUCACACAGAAAACAGUAGGACCUACCGCGCAGAAUACAGUACCAACUGUACAGAAGGCCGUAGAGAUACCAACCCCUAUGUCCAAAAAUGGUAAACAUGAGGACUGCAAACUUACUGUACAGAAUGCAGUAGUACCUACCGUACGCAAGGCAGACACGCCUAGACCCAGUGUACAGAAGGCAGCGGUGGUACCUAUAUCUUCCCCCAAAACGGAGCAGAAAGCAGAAGCACCACUUACGGCCAAAACUGGCGAAGAUGAGGAUUCCAUAGCACCAGUGUCCUCCCCUCCCUCUGAAGAGCCCCCAAGAGAUUGUGUUGACAAAGAGCAGUGUGAAGAAAAGCCUGCUGUUACUGAGAUUAAACCCGCAUCCCCAGAGGACAAGACAACAACAGAGAAUGCCGUUGACUCUGGGGUGGUUCAAUCAGCAGGUAAUAGCAGUCCCCUCUCUGGCGAAAGUCUGCAGAAAGAAAUCAAGAAACUAAAGGAGAACGACAAAGAUGGAAAUCAAGCCAUUAUUGAUGCAGGGCAGAAGCACUUUGGCCCAGUAACCUGCAGUGUGUGUGGGAUGCUGUAUUCCGCUGCCAACCCAGAGGAUGAAUCCCAGCAUUUACUCUUCCACAACCAGUUCACCAGUGCUGUCAGAUAUGUGGGGUGGAAGAAGGAGAGGAUUUUGGGGGAGUACCCCGAUGGCAAGAUCAUUCUUGUCCUUCCAGAUGACCCCAAAUAUGCACUGAAGAAGGUUGAGGAGAUUCGAGAGAUGGUGGACAAUGACCUGGGCUUCCAGCAGGUUGAGACCAAGUGUCCCUCCCAGACUAAAACCUUCCUGUUUAUCUCCAAUGACAAGAAGGUAGCUGGUUGCCUUAUCGCUGAGCACAUUCAGGAGGGCUACAGGGUCAUUGAGGAAGCGGUGCCCGAGGGCUCAGAGGGAGAGAAAAUGAUGUUUGAGCGUCAGAGAGCCUGGUGCUGUUCCACCAACCCAGAGCCAGCCCUCUGUGGCAUCAGCCGCAUCUGGGUCUUCAGCAUGAUGAGACGGAGGGGCAUCGCCUCACGCAUGAUCGAGUGUCUCAGAACAGCUUCAAUUCGUCAGGUUAUGGACUACAAGGUUCCAUAGGGAUGCUGGCCCAUGUUGACUCCAAUGCUUCCCGCAGUUGUGCCAAGUUGGCUGGAUGUCCUUUGGGUGGUGGACCAUUCGGGAAAAUGUUGAGUGUGAAAAACCCAGCAGCGUUGGAGUUCUUGUAACAAACCGGUGCACCUGGCACAUAGUAGCAAGCCCCGUUCAAAGGCACACACAGUGCAUUCGGAAAGUAUUCAGACCACAUUUUUCCACAUUUUGAUAUAUUACAGACUUAUUCUAAAAUGUAUUACAUAAAUGUUUUUCCCCUCAUUAAUCUACACACAAUACCACAUCAUGACAACGCAAAAAUAGGUUUUUAGAAAUGUUUGCUAAUUUAUAAAAAAUAAAAAAAAGAUACCUUAAUUUACAUAAGUAUUCAGACUCUUUGCUUAUGAGCCUCGAAAUUUAGCUCAGGUGCAUCCUGUUUUCAUUUAUCAUCCUUGAUGUUUCUACAACUUGAUUUGGAGUCUACCUGUGGUAAAUUCAAUUGAUAGGACAUGAUUUGGAAAGGCACACACCUGUCUAUAGAAGGUCCCACAGUUGACAGUGCAUGUCUGAGCAAAAACCAAGCCAUGAGGUCGAAGGAAUUGUCUGUGGUCCCCCGAGACAGGAUUGUGUCGAGGCACAGAUCUGGGGAAGGGUACCAAAAAAUGUCUGCAGCAUUGAAGAUCCCCAAGAACACAGUGGCCUCCAUCAUUCUUAAAUGGAUGCACCAAGUCUCUUCCUAGAGCAAUUGGGGGAGAAGGGCCUUGGUCAGAGAGGUGACCAACUCUGAAAGAGCUCCAGAAUUCCUCUGUGGAGAUGGGAGAACCUUCCAGAAGGACAACCAUUUCUGCAGCACUCCACCAAUCAGGCCUUUAUGGUGGAGUGGUCAGACGGAAGCCACUCCUCAGUAAAAUUGCCAAGUGUCAAGUCUGGAGGAAACCUGGCACCAUCCCUACGGUGAAGCAUGGUGGUGGCAGUAUCAUGCUGUGGGGAUGUUUUUUAGCGGCAGAGAUUGGGAGACUAGUCAGGAUUGAGGGAAAGAUGAACGGCGCAAAGUACAGAGAUCCAAGAUGAAAACCUACUCCAGAGCACUCAACAUCUCAGACUGGGGCGAAGGUUCAUCUUCCAAAAGGACAAUACCCAAAGCACACAGCCAAGACAACGCAGGAGUGGAUUUGGGACAAGUUUCUGAAUUUCCAUGAGUGGCCCAGCCAGAGCCCGGACCUAAACCCGAUCAAACAUCUCUGGAGAGACUUAAAAAUAGCUGUACAGUGAUGCUCCCCAUCCAACCUGACAGGGCUUGAGAGGAUCUGCAGAGACGAAUGGGAGAAACUCUCCAAAUACAGGUGUGCCAAGCUUGUAGCGUCAUUCCUAAGAAGACUUGAGGCUGUAAUCACUGCCAAAGGUUCUUUAACAAAGUACUGAUUUAAAGGGUCUGAAUACUUGUGUAAAUAUAUUUCAGUUUAUUUUUAAUACAUUUGCAAAAAUGUCUAAAACCCUGUUUUUGCUUUGUCAUUAUGGGGUAUUGUGUGUCGAUUGAUGAGAAGAAAAAACAACUGAAUCAAUUUUAGAAUAAGGCUGUAAUGUAACAAAAUGUGGAAAAAGCCAAGGGGUCUGAAUACUUUCCGAAAGCACUGUACAUCUUUUGUCUUACCCAUUCACCCUCUGAAUGGCUCACAUACACAAUCCAUGUCUCAAGGCUUAAAAAUCGUUAUUUAACCUGCUUCCUCCCCUUCAUCUACACGUAUUGAAGUGGCUUUAACAAGUGACAUCAAUAAAGGAUCAAAGCUUUCCCCUGGUCAGUCUGUCAUGGAAAGAGCAGAUGUCCUUAAUGUUUUGUACACUCAGUGUAUAUACUGCUCCCCACCGGAGACUGGUUCAAUCCGGUCCAAUCCCCAUGUUCACCCUUCCCACUGUACUCCCACUUGCAUCUCCCCCUCUGUUUCCAACUGUUUAAAAUCUAAAAUAUGUGUGUUAUGUAUGUAUGUACUAUAUAUAUAUCAGUGCCUUCAGAAAGUAUUCAUACCCCUUGACUUAUUCCACAUUUUCCUGUUAGUCUGAUUUUCUUUCACACAAUACCCCAUAAUGACAAGGUGAAAACGAAAUAUCUCAUUAACAUAACUAUUCACACCCCUGAGUCAAUACAAAUUAGAAUCAGCUUGAGUUGUGAGUUUUGGGUAUGUCUCUAAGAGCUUUGCAUACCUGGGUUGUACCUGGGUUGUACAAUAUUUGCACAUUCUUUUAAAAAUGCUUUAACCUCUGUCAAAUUGUUUUAGGUUAUUGUCCUGCUGAAAGGUGCAUUUGUCUCCCAGCCAACUGAACAAGGUUUUUGCCUGUGCUUAGCUCUAUUCUGUUUCUUUUUAGCCUAACAAACUCCCUAGUCCUUGCCGACAACAAGCAUACCCAUAACAUGAUGAAGCCACCACUGUGCCUGGAAAAAUAUGUAGGGUGGUACUCAGCGAUGUUGUUGGAUUUGCCCCAAACAUAACGCUUUGUAUUCAGGACAGUUAAUUUCUUUGCCACAUUUUUGAAUUUUUACUUUAGUGCCUUAAUUGCAAACAAGAUGCAUGUUUUUGGAAUAUUUUUAUUCUGUACAUGCUUCUUUUUCAGCCAUUAAACUCUUAACUGUUUUAAAGUCA